AUGCUUCUGCUGGCGAUUUCAAUUAUGGUUGGUUUUUACGAUGAAUACGAGACAUUCUGAAGUUCAAAAUAGCAGAUAGUGUUUAUAUCGUUGCCGCAAUGUAUCAAAAAGAGGAGAGUCGGGCCGAAAUUGAAAAAAAGGAGGAAGAGGAAAGCGAUUCCGGGCACGCCGGUCAAGUCGACGGCGACAACAGUGGCGACGACGACGCCGACGCAAACGCGAACACCGCAGUCGCAGACGCCGACCAAGCCGUCUUCUCCCAGAAAAAAUUCUAAAAAGAGAAAAAAGUCCGCGUCGGUGCACAACAUCGACAACGGAGAGGACCUUCAUAAUGCCAGUUUUUUCUUCUGGAAAAAAAGCUCAUUUUCUUCCAAAAGAAACUCAAUAGUUUUUUUUCUAUUUUUUGGAAUUUUUUUAUACUUUUCUUACAAAUGAGGAAUUUUUUUGUGUUCGGUUGAUACCUCUUUCAUCCAAAAAAAUAAUAAUAAAAAAAUCCACAACAAAUGACCCCUCGAAGCCUACAAACACCACUUUUUUUCUUAUUUUGUGAAUAUUUCAUGAAAAAUUUCAUUAUUCGACUUGUUAUAGGUUAUCAGAGUUUUUAGGUUUUUUUGAAAUUAGUUUUAUUGGCCGAUAGUUGUAUGAAGAGGAAAAUAGAGGGGAAAUGUUAUGUUUUAGGCAAGUUUAUAUUGAAAAUAAGAGAUCUGAAUGCGCUUUUUCUUCUUCUAACGGUCGAUAAUCUAAUAUAAUACUGGAAUUAAAGUGAAAUUUUCGAUUUUUCAACGACUAAGAAAAGUUUUCAGAUUGUGCUAAUUGAGGAGAAUCCAGUGGUAAGAACAGUUGCGAAGCCUAUUGCAUUAGUCAAAGAUAUGUGAGUUCGGGGCUUUUAUUUUUAGUCAUACCUUUUUUUAAUAAAGAGUGGAAGAAACGAUGUUGAGUUCUUGGAAGUUUUUUUUUUCGAUUGAGCUCAUUUUUUGAGCUAUUUCAUUUGGUGAAAUUAUUUUCUCCGUGAAAAUUCAUCAAUAGUUAGUUCAGAUGCUUGGAAAUCGAAAAGUUUCGGUCGCACUUUCAAUGGCUCAAUCCGUAAUUGUCGCGAAGCGUUCAAAUCAAUCUUUGCCCGACUAAUUUUUGAAAAAAUUAAGAUUCUCUGAGAAUUCAGCUCGACCGCAACGUGAGAGAGCCAUUUUAAAUGCGGCCAAAAUAAGAAACCAACAAUUUUCAGCUAAUCUUAAAUGCGACCAAAAAUAAAAAAUAAAAAACCCUCAGUAAACCGCCGAAACAUGUACCGUUGGCCGACCCGCCCAUCGAUCCUCGAGACGACACUUUGAAGUAUUUUGAAAUUUUGAAAACUCACACGAUUUUUUUUUCAGUGGCGUUGACUCAUUGCCAGAAACGAUAUCGGCGGAUUCGAAAGAAAAGAAAUGA